CCAGGGAUCUCUUUCAAAUCCACCCGGCAGCAAUGGUCCCAAAGCGAAAGCGAAAGCUGGGACGGAAAAGGAGAGCCGGGGAGCUCCGCCAUCUGUGUAGACUGGGCCCGAAGCGAUGAACCUGGAUCGCUUUUACACGGAGCAGGUCUUCCUUCGUGGGGACAAGGACUGGCGGACGGGGAGGGCCUUCUUCCUGGUCAAAAGCGCCGUGGGGAAGGUGUCCCAAUGGGCCUACGAAGCCAGCACGGGGCUCUUCCCCGGGGAGUCCGUCCCGGUCGGCAGCUACGUGGAAGGGCUGCACCUUCAAGCGGCGGGGAGUUCCAACGGCUUCGACUUCCUCCUCCCGGUGAGAUACAACCCGCAGCUGGCGCCGGUGAGCGGGGGGCUUCCCGAGGCUCCUCCCCGGGCCAAGCAGGCGCUGCCCACCUACAUCUUCCGCGAGGAAGGGCUGCCCAUCUAUCGCUGGGGCUCCAAAGCCCUCGUGGACCUGGAGGCGCUGGGCGAGACCUACGUGGAGAUCCACUGCCAUCGGCAGGAGGCGCGCCGGAAGGAUGAAGACGAUGAGACCGACUUGGACAAGUUGGAGGAACUGGAAGAGAGCCUCAGUCACCACAAUUUGGACCCUAAAGAAAUCUUGAAGGACUUGCACCGUUGUGUUGAAACUGCCUUGAAUCCAGCAUAUACCCAUCCUCGGCAAAAUGACCCAGUAUUCCAGCGAAGACUCUUCCCUUCCCGAGUUCCCAAGAUAGACCAUCACAUAAGAGAGGGUUUCAGACUGGAGGCCUUGGAUCUGGAUGGUCCAGCCAUCCAACUGACCUUCAAUGAUGGCUGUGACAAUGUCCCAGUGAGGCUGGUGCCUGCCGUCCUGGGGGCCUUCAAGCUCUCCAACCAGUGGUUACGGGAGGACCUCACCCACCUUUCCGACUGGUGGGACGGAGACCUGACCAACGAAAAGGCCAACUUCCUCCGGAAAGCCAGAGUGGUCCAAGAACUUGGGCCUGAGCUGGUCUCCAAAGGUGGAUAUUGGAGGUUCUGUUUUAGCCGUGUGGAGACUCGGCUUCUUGAAGAUAUUGAUGCAGAUGGGGGACACCGAGGGGAAGCUCUGCGGAUGCUGAAGUUUAUCAACACGACAAGAUGGACACCAGAAUAUGGCAGCAUCCUGACUUCCUACCACCUCAAGACCAUCCUGUUGUGGUGCUGUGAAAUCUAUCCUCAGGCGCCGCAAUGGGAGACGCUCCUGUCCUCAAUCCAGACCCUUCUGAGGCUCCUAAUCCACACCCUCAGCAAGGGGAGCCUCCCUCACUACUUCUUGGCAUCUGUGAACCUCUUCAGCAGGCGCUACAAAUCCAACAAUGCCAUCUACAGGUCUUUAGGCUUGGAGGUCCUCCACCGUGAGGCUGAAGUGAUGCUGACCAACACCAUGAGAUACCUGAUGCCAGAUUCUGAGCCACAACAUGAUGGUGCCUAUGAGGAGAUGAUGGCAGCCCUUCGGAUGUUUAAGGAAGAACAUAAGGAAGAUCUGGAGGAACUGAAAAGAAUGGAGGAUGGACAUAUGUACGAGAGCGUAGAAACGGUCAAGUCAGGAGAAUCUUAGGAGAAGAGCGUCAGAUUGAGAGGAGCACUCUUGUUUCCCAAGAGUGCUCCUCUCAGUUUCAAUUUUUCAAGUUUCCCUGGGAAGAUAAUUCCAGUCCUUACAAGGCAGGGGGACCAAAGCUUUAAAUUGUAUGGACCAAAUCUAACCAAAAUACCCAUAGAGUAGCUUCAAGUAGGCAAAUCAUCCCUGGACAAUUCUCCUUGUUUCCUGCUGCCGCCAGGUUCGUAUGUGAGGCUCUGUAUGAAUCAUAGAAUCAUAGAGUUGGAAGAGACCUCAUGGGCCAUCCAAUCCAACCCUCUGCCAAGAAGCAGGAAAAUAGCAUUCAAAGCACCCCCAACAGAUGGCCAUCUAGCCUCUGUUUAAAAGCUUCCAAAGAAGGAGCCUCUAUCACUCUGUGGGACAGAGUUCCACUGCUGAACAGCUCUCACAGUCAGGAAGUUUUUCCUAAUGUUCAGAUGGAAUCUCCUUUCUUGUAGUUUGAAGCCAUUGUUCCGCUUCCUAGUCUCUAGGGCAGCAGAAAACAAGCUUGCUCCCUCCUCCCUAUGACUUCCUCUCACAUAUUUAUACAUGGCUAUCACGUCUCCUCUCAGCCUUCUCUUUUGAAGGCUAAACAUGCCCAGCUCUUUGAGCCGUUCCCCAUAGAGCUUGUUCUCCACACCCUUGAUCAUUUUAGUCACCCUCCUCUGGACACUUUCCAGCUUGUCAAUCUCUCUCUUCAAUUGUAGUGCCCAGAAUUGGACACGCUAUCAUAUCGCCUCUCAGCCUUCUCUUCUUCAGGCUAAACAUGCCCAGCUCCUUAAGCCACUCCUCAUAGGGGUUGUUCUCCAGACCCUUGAUCAUUUUAGUUGCCCUCCUCUGGACACAUUCCAGCUUGUUAAUAUCUCUCUUGAAUUGUGGUGCCCAGAAUUGGACACAAUAUUCCAGGUGUGGUCUAACCAUGGCAGAAUAGAGGAGUAGCAUGACUUCCCUGGAUGUAGACAUUAUACCCCUAUUGAUGCAGGCCAAAAUCCCAUUGGCUUUUUUUGCCACCGCAUCACAUUGUUGGCACAUGUUUAACUUGUUGUCCAUGAGGACACAAAGAUCUUUUUCACAAGUACUGCUCUCGAGCCACGUGUCCCCAAUUUGUUUCUUUGCCUUUCAUUUUUUCUGCCUAAGUAGAGUAUCUUGCAUUUGUCACUGUUGGACUUCAUUUUGUUAGCUUUGGCCCAUCUCUCUAAUCUGUUAAGAUCCAAUAUGGUAUGGUGGAUACAGCAGGCUUCUUCAAUGUGCCCCCUCCCCAGUAUUAAGACUCCCAUCAUCCCAGCCAGACACAGGGCACCUGGACUCGAGUCUCCACUCAGCCAAAAAGCUCACUGAGUGAAUUUUCCCAUUAUUUCCCUCAACAUAACAUAUGAAGCGGAGUUUCAUAAGAAACAGAAAGGGAUUGUGUAUUCUCCUUUUUAGCGUCUUGAAGGGAAGAAGGAAUAAAGUUGUAAACACAUGAAAUCAAA